AUGUCUUGCCAAGAAAAAGUUGUUGAAAUACCGCUGAACAAGUUAGAAAUUGAAGAAAACCCAACUGCUGCAGAUAUUGUCCGUGGUAAAGAUGAUAGCUAUUUUAUCAUUCGCCAAACUGUGUCAGAGGUCGAACAUGACCGAAACCAAACUGAUACCUCAACUGUCACCACCAAUUAUGUAAGUCAUCAACCUGAUGCUUUUAUUGUCCCCGCGCCAGCAAAAGACAAGUCCAAGAAAAACCCAGAGCAUCCUGAUAAGAAAGAUGCGAGAAAAUACAAGAAAGACAUCAAGGUUGAGACCAUGCACAUCUCCUGUAAAUCUGACACAUACCAACCAGGUCACAACUAUGGUGGAAUCAUGAUUUACCAAUACGACGGCAAGUCAGAAUGGAGAACUGAGAACAACACUCACUGUGAGACUGGUUAUAUCGUCAUUCAAGACACAGAUUCAGAAAAUGUUAAGCAAUGGAUUGGUAAAGAGCCUGGUAAAGUUCACGGAGCUGUCUAUAAAAAUGCUUUCGGUGAAGCUGUGAAGGCGGAAGUCGUUGGCGAAGGUUUUUCAAUACAGAAUGGAAUAUUUUCCAUAUUUGACAAAUUUGAAAAGAAAUCAGGCGUUUUCAACAGUCCUAAAAACAGUGAAUAUCAUGACAAUAACCCAGAUAUGCAUAAAGUGUCAGAGCAUUGCGUCAGAAAGAUAGUGAAGUAUUGGAAGAGCGCAGGCCCUUCCUGGGUAAGACAGAGAAAUUUUGAAGUAGAAGAAUUAAUGAAAGAUUUUGAUAAAAAGAAAUGGUCUUGUAAUAUUCUGUGACGACUUCAUCUUGCUCGAUAUAACCAGAAAACGCGUGUACGAUCUUUUUAAACUUGUUAAUAUUAUCUGUGAUAUGCA